UGUAUUAUUUUAAUAAAUACUCUUUUUAAAAGUAUGCUAUUGUGUACUUCACAAGGGUAGGCACAAUUCAUUUUCUCAACAUGUAAAUAUUUCACAUUCAGUGACCCCUGACUAGUUGACCUUAUUUUUUCCCAUUUGUUUUUGUUCAGUCCAAUGACCAGUUCUGAUGUCUCUGAUAACGCUUUCUCACUCUUUUGCUCCUCACCACAACCCACCACAAUUGAGUUUCACUAAGGGCCUAUCAGUUACUGUGGCCCUGAAACCCAACACCUCGGCUUGGCACACCGGGAUGCGUAAGGACAAUGCCACAGGCCCUUGGCAGGGGGAGUACCUGCUCAGGUAACCAGACACUCGGACACCCCCACGAACCCAUCGCUCGCAAAACCCUGAGCUUCACUUUUAUCCUCAGAGAGAGCAGGUUGAGAGGAAGAACUAGUACAGAGGAGAUUCAACAGGUUUUAGUUGAUGAUUUGACAGGGAUGUGUUCAGAAGUUUCUCAGAAGCAUUCAUGGAGAAAGUAUUCAGGGCUAGAUUCGCUUAUGUUUCCUCUGCAAAACAAGUUGAGUCUCUAAGCAAAACUCAGUAGUUUGCAGGAAGGUCUCUUGAGGUCAAUAGUUUUUUAGAUCUUUUGCGUGGAACAAUGGAAAACUGUCACACUGUGAUGGUAUCCUGAAAUCCUUUCGCAUAUUGGGAUCUCAUCCAUAAACUGGAGCUUCAACAUUUGAUUGCAUACUAAAAGCUGUUGUAUUACUUAAAAAGGAAGCACUUGUAUCUCCUGGCGUGAUGCAUGAGCUCCCAUGCUCAGCGCUACAGUACUGUUUUGGUGGUCCUCCAGAUGUUUCUGCUGACCACGCUCCAUACCUGGACUCAGAACUCUCCAAAAAUGGGUCAGAUCCUGCCAUGGGCCCAGUUGUUCUCACUCAGCCUGGUCCAGUAAACCCAGUGAGGACUGAAAGCCAGCCUUCAUUUAGCUGCAUCUCCAUCCAGACCAAGACUAAUGGGAUUACCUCCAAAACCAAAGAAUCGGACACAGAUAACCAGCACACGCUUCAUUCCUAUCCAAGCUCAGAAGGGCUCUCAGAGGAAGAUGAUGCCCAGGAUAACAGCCCUGAACUGGACACAAAACGGCCACAUAUUCCCCGUCCAUCUAUCAUCAGGCCACAAAAGGAGCACCCAAUCCAGGAGAGCCUGCCAGUCAGAACAGAUUAUAUUGAGCCAGAGGAUGGACCGUUAUCAGGUACUGAAAACACACACACACACACACACACACACACACACACACACACACACACACACACACACACACACACACACACACACACACACACACACACACUCCAAGGACAGAUAGUUACAAAGAGGCAAAGGAUGGACAUCUAUCAAAUAACAACACAGGUUUCCUCUCCUCCUUUUCCUCUCCGAGUUGGAGAUUUGGAGAGGAAAUCUAUUGAAGCAGACACAGUGGAAAAAGACAUCAGCCUUUGUGGAAAAUAUAAUCACAUUGAAUCAUGGCCUUGAA